AUGAGCUCUGAGAGUGUUAAAGAGGACUGUCUUGCAUGGGCGGCGAGAGACCCAUCUGGAGUUUUAUCGCCUUACCAGUUUAGUCGCAGGGCUCUUGGAAAUGAUGAUGUUUCGCUAAAAAUAACUCAUUGUGGAGUUUGCUAUGCUGAUGUUCUUUGGAGUAAGAAUAAGCAUGGUGAUUCACGGUAUCCAUUGGUGCCCGGACAUGAGAUUGUUGGAAUUGUAAAGGACGUUGGUGCCAAUGUUUACAACUUCAAGGUUGGUGACCAUGUUGGAGUAGGCACUUAUGUUAAUUCUUGCAGAGAAUGUGAGUACUGCAACGACAGGGAAGAAGUCAGUUGCGAAAGAGGAUCUGUUCUCACUUUCAAUGGCAUUGACGCAGAUGGUUCGAUCACAAAGGGUGGAUAUUCUGGCUACAUUGUCGUCCAUGAAAGGUACUGCUUUCAGAUACCUCAUGAUUAUCCUUUGGCCUCAGCAGCACCUCUGCUUUGUGCUGGAAUUACUGUGUACAACCCCAUGGUGCGACAUAAGAUGAACCAACCUGGUAAAUCUCUUGGAGUGAUUGGUCUCGGUGGUCUGGGUCACAUGGCUGUGAAGUUUGGUAAGGCUUUUGGAUUGAAAGUCACUGUUUUAAGCACGAGCAUAUCGAAAAAGGAGGAAGCCUUGACUGUGCUUGGUGCAGACAAUUUUGUGAUUACAUCUGAUCAAGAGCAGAUGAAGGCUUUAUCCAAAUCACUUGACUUUAUAAUCGACACAGCAUCUGGUGAUCACCCAUUUGAUCCCUACAUGUCUCUUUUGAAGACUGCUGGUGUUUUUGUUCUUGUUGGAUUCCCAAGUGCAGUGAAACUCAGUCCUGCAAGCCUUAUUUUUG